AAUAAUGAGACGCUCUGUUUCACUUAUAGUACUGGUCCUCAUUGUGUUGGCUGUGACAAGGCCUAGCCUUGUUGUAAAUUGUAGAGUCCUAAAGGCCACUCAUCAUGAACCUGUGAAAGAUCUGCUACAGGUUCCCACGACUUCAGCAAUGAAAGAGAAAGCCAACACUGAUGAUAAUAUAAGCACACGAGUUUUGAUUGAUGGCCAAGUCCACGCCAUGUCUUCAGGGCCUAGCAGAAGAGGGAUCGGUCGUAGGGACGAUCUGCUGGGCAAGAUUGGUGAGCCUCCUUUGCUAGAUAUGUUCGUUGUUCCAAUGUUGGGGUGGUACCUGCAAAAGAGACUCCGAUGCUAAAGUUAGUGUUUGUGGAU